AAGAUAUUUAUACUAGGCUUAUCAUCAGAUGUUUAACAUUAUAUAUUAGCAAUAUUUUAUAAUAUACCUAUAUACUACUGGACAUCAGCGAAGUACAAAAAAUGAAGAAAACAAAGUAUUUAGUGUUGUUUUCGUUGUUCGCUAUGAACCUUGUGGAGCAGCCGGCGCCGGAGGUGGAGAUAGACUCGGGAGUGCUGAGCGGCAGGAUCAGUGCUGACGGUGACAUUCUCGAGUAUGUGGGCAUUCCGUAUGCGACAGCAGAAAGAUUUCAAGCACCGAAGCCGCCACCUAAAUGGAAAGGAGAAUUCAAAGCUAUAGAUGGCUCAUCUCAGUGCCCUCAGCCAACGCCACUAGGCGUUGCUGGCACUGAAGACUGUUUGAAAAUAAACGUAUACGUACCAGCUAAAGCCAGAAGACCUCUUCCCGUUAUGUUUUACGUACAUGGUGGAGCCUUCCUUUUAGGAAGUGGCGGAAAAAUGUUACUAGGACCAGAUCUGUUAUUAAAACAUGACGUAAUAUUAGUCACAUUUAAUUAUAGACUCGGCGCUCUAGGGUUCCUUUGUUUAGGCAUUGAAGAAGUGCCAGGCAAUGCUGGCUUGAAAGAUCAGAUAGCUGCCUUAAAAUGGGUACAAAGAAACAUAGCCGUAUUUGGUGGAGAUCCCGACAACGUCACAAUAUUUGGACACAGCGCUGGCGGAGCAUCAGUGGCUUUACUUUUGGCCAGUGAAGCGACUAAUGGGCUAUUCAAAAAAGUUAUUGUGCAGAGUGGAUCGUCUUUAGCAAACUGGGCUAUUAAUCCUAAACCAGUGGAGAUCGCAAAGUCCAUAGCAAAACAAUUACUAAGUUUAGAUACUGAUGAUCCUCUUGAGUUAUAUGAGUUUUACAAAAAUGUUCCCUACAAUGACCUAAUAGAAAGUACCGCUAAUAUACCUAUCGGUAAAUUACUGGCGUUAAAUUUACUACAUUUACCCUGUGUAGAAAAGGAGUUUCGAGGCAUAGAACCAGCAAUAACUGACUCGCCGUAUAAUUUGUUGAAUAAAAAUCCUAAAAAUAUUUCAGUCAUUUAUGGAUCGACUGACAAGGAGGGUUUAUUUUUUAUAUCGGAAGAAACAGAAGAUUCUUUAAAGAAUGCCAAUGAGAAACAUCUUUUUGGUAAUGAUUUACUGUUUAAGAAUGAAGAUGAAGCAAAUCGUGUAUCUCAGAAAGUGAAACAAUUUUAUUUCGGCAUGGAAGAUAUAAGCUUCAAAACUAAAAUGAAUUUGUCGGAUAUAUUCUCGCAUUUAUAUUUUGAAGUACCAGCGAUUUUAGAAUCAAACAUUCUGAAAAGUAGAGUUGAAGCUCCAAUUUUUAACUACUAUUUUACGUAUUCAGGAGGUAGAAAUAUGGUAAAAGAACGGACUGGGUUUGGAAAUGUUACUGGUGCUUGUCAUGGCGAUGAUAUAUUAUAUCUUUUUCAUGCACUGAUUUGGCCAUAUAGGAUAAAACAAAAAGAUCACAUUAUGAUUAAUUGGCUGACUAAAAUGUGGACUAAUUUUGCCAAAUUUGGGAAUCCUACACCACAUCAAGAUAACGAUCUUCCAGUAAAAUGGGAACCAAGCACCAGAAAUAAAUGGAAUUUCUUGCAUAUCGGCGAUGAAUUGAAAAUGGGACCUCUACCAAAUCCAGAUUCGUACAAUCUUUGGAAAGAUAUAUAUGAGGAAUAUCGGAAUAUAAAUUUCACGAAAGUGUGAUAUAAGUUUAUUUUUAUUUAUAUGUUGUAUUGCAUACAAAAAGUCGUAACGUCUUUUAAUGAAUACCAAGCACUAAAACUAAAAGUUUUCUUAAAUGAUCCGCAUAUUGUGAUAAUUCUGAGCUAACAGCAGCCUAAUUAUGAUAAUAUUUAACAAUUAUGCAACUAAAUCCAAUAUAUUAUAUCGCCUGAGAUUAAAUUACGUAAAAUGACCUUUACAAUUGCUCAUUUAAAUACGAAUAGCCAUGAAUAAAAUUAUUCAACGUUAUAUGAGUAAAUUUUUAUUACAUAUAUAAUAAACAGUGAUAGGAGUACAAAUGGAACAUUGUGGUGAGUAACUUUAAAUACUUGACCAGGAAAGUGCCGCUAUUUCACUUUAAAAAAUGCUAGAAACUCAAAGAAUUUCCUCUAGCACAUAUCCCCUUUUUAGAAAUCUUCAGUAGAACCUCUUUCUACUCUUCUGGUUUUAUUCUACUUAAGGAUAGUUGUACACAUUAAAAUAAAACACGUGCAUGUUUAUUGUGAUCUUCUAUUUAUACAUCUAUACUUAGUAUUAUAUAAAGCUGAAGGGUUUUUUUUAACGCGCUAAUAUCAGUUACUUCUGGUUCGGAUUAGAAAAAUCUUUUGGUGUUGGAUAGCCCAAUUAUCGAAAAAAGUUAUAGGGUAUAUAUGUAACAUUACGCUAUGACCAAAAAAAGCAGAGAUGAAAAAAGUUAAAAAAAUAGAGAAAUUUAUUUGUUUUGAGAGCUGCUAUUGCUUGCACUGCGUAAAUGGUUAAUGUUACACAACAUAAAUGUAUGACGGAAUUGUUCCUCUUAAAAAGUUUCAAAACGUAUAUUUUAAAACAAAUCCCCCGCCGCAUGUAUCUGUCUGUUUGAACGCGAUAAACUCAAUAAUUACCCACCGGAUUUCUAUUAUCAAUUCGCCUGUCCCUAUUAACAAUGUCGGAUAUGACAUUUUACGGAUUUUGGUUUUAUUGCACUAAUUACCCUAAAAAGGUAUUUUCUUUCAGUAGAUUUAAGAAAAAGUUAAAUUUUCUUCAUAGUUUCUGAUAUAGCCACGUUAACAAAGUCGUAUAGGGCACGGCUGUCGAUUAACAAUGCUGGAUGUGUAACUACUGACAUUUUUAGCGGGAUGCGAGGGAAGGAGGCGCGCGCGGUUGUGCCAGUACGCACUAUGUUUCAGGGGCGUAUACACAUCACGUGUUAGUUUUGUGUUAAUUCGUAUUAUUUAGAGUUUUUUAAUUUAAUAUCAACCAAAAUGAUAAGCAGCUCAGCCCGUUGGAUAAACCUUGCGACUGAACAAAUUGAAGAGCAAUUUAGAGCUAGUCAGAAGGUUAUGGAUAAAAUUAUUGUCAUCUAAUUUAGAUGAAUAAGAAGAAACUGGUAAAUUAUUUAUUAUAGAUAUUUAUAAACUUGCCUUAUCCAAUAAAUAGUAAAAAAAUAUUGUGAUAUCAUAAUAAUAUUAUAGCAUGUUAAUUAGUAAAUGAAAUAUAUUUAACUGUCCAAUUAAAAUUGUAUGUUGUACCAUAUAUGACAUUGUUCACUAGCAUUUGUAAUACGAAUUAUGUCAGUAGUACCAUAUCCGACUUUUUUGUAAGUCUAAAUAUUUGUCCAAUUUGUAGGAUAUUGCACUUCCCACAUUGUUAACCGUCAUUUGUUAUAUAAAUAAUGACGGUAGUACGAUAUACGACUUUCUUGUUAGUUUUAAUAUAAAUACAACUUGUCAUAUGAGGUACUUUCUACAUUGUUAAUAAUAUAUAUCGUAAAACUGUUAGUGGCAUAUGGUCCAUAUUGCUUUGUUAAACGAUAGAUGAUAUAUUUUAUGUGUCGGUUGUGGGACUAAAAAAAAUAUUUGUUAAUAUUGCUAUAAUAAAAUACAAUUGUGGGAUUAUUUUUUGCCUGCACUGCUUUUUUUUCUUGGGCUGUGUUAAAAUUACAUUAUUUUUACGCUGGUGUGCCUACUAAAAAAAAUUACAAAAAGAGUUAUAUUACUUAUCUUAUUUAUAACUUCUAGUCUUAAUUAUUGCUUCUUUUUCAGCUAAUCGAAAAUUCCCGGUACCAAAUAGUAAUGAUUUAAUUCAGUUGUAGGAAAUGCUUGGAGAUGUAAUUAGUGAGAAUUACAUCUUUAAUCAGGAAAAUAAUAACUACAUCUACUAAUUUUGUUACGCUAUCAGAUAAUCUUUGCUUAUGAAUAUAAUAUUUUAGAUAAGACUCCUAUACUAGCGCCACAUUUACAUCAAACCUGCAAUGACAUUUUCUGCGUAACGUCCAAUGAAGAUAAAUAUAAUCGCAAUCUUGACUAGCCAUGCUUGUAUGGCAACCUAUCUACACCUUCUGUAACUUCCAUUAUAAGUGCUGAUACACCCAUCUUCGCUAAAAGUGUUCAAACUCGCCAGUCUAGUUUUAAAGAUGAUAAAGGUAAGAAAAGACUACAGUAUACAAAGAAUUAGAUAUUAAUGAGAGAAAGAAUCAAGGAUAUGGCUUUACUAAGUUUUGAGGAAAAAAAGUUUAAGGACAGAAGUUCAAAGAAGCAUAUAAAGUAAAAUGUCGUUAGUGUAACUACUGGACAUAAUAAGACUUAACAUCUCAUGUCUCAGGAUAGCGAGCGCAGCGGAAUACCAAACAAUACUUUGUAAUUUAAGUUUUUAUAUGGUGUUUUUACUUAUUAUGGGCGGUCAUAUCGUUUACCAGGCGAAAGGCAAGCUCAUCUCGUCAUUUAAAGCAAUAAAAAGAAAAUGUUCCAGAAAAUUUAAUAAAAGACAGAUCAUUAAUGUUUUUAAUCAUUUUUGGAAAAUCGCCACACACCUGAGAGGUCUUUAAACACGAUCGGCAAAAUACAUUCCACUAUUUUCUUCCCAAUAAGAACAAAAGCUUUACAUAGUGGAAUAAAGUCAUUAGGUUUUGGGUCUAAUAACUGCACUCGGCAGAACAGAAAUCGUAUAGUUUUUGUUCAUCUUCUUACUGCGAAAGAAUUUGGGGUGACAAUUACCCAUAGAUUUAUGGAGGAGGGUCAUACUCAGAACGAGGGAGAUAGUGUUUAUUCCACUAUUGAGCGUGCUAGCGAGCAAAAGCUCAUUUAUGUACCAGAAGAAUGGUAUUGUCUCGUUCGUUGGACUAAAGUACAAGGUAAACCUUAUGUAGUGAAACAGAUGACAACUCCCGAUAUAUUUCAUUUUAAGUCUUUGUUGGCUAAUAAAAAUUAAAAUUGAAAAAAUACAAAAGACUCAAAUAAGAGAGGUAACAAACAGUACAUGCACAGCUCUAUGAUAGGAUUGAAUAUAAAUAUAACUUGGAAGAUGGAUUGAAAACUACAAUUGUAUUGAGAUCUGGUACCCGAAACACAGAUAGACUGUCUCGUGAAUUUCAAAUCAAGCAAGCUUAUGAUGGGAAUCUUCUCAUAAUUCAUGAUAAAUAUAAAGAUUUGAUGAAUCCAUGCCAGAGUAGAAUAAUCCCGGAAAAGUACCACAGCUUUCAUGAAAACUUAAAAUU